AUGGAUGAGUACGUUGGAAUCCCACGAGACCACCCGGAAUCCUACCACUCUUUCAUGUAUAAGCAUUUCUUCAGCCACGUCGAUGUGGACCCUGCGAAUAUCAACAUCCUCAACGGCAAUGCUGAAGAUCUGGAAGAAGAAUGCAUUGCCUACGAGGAGAAGAUCCGUCGGGCUGGUGGUAUCGAGCUGUUCCUUGGUGGCAUCGGUCCAGAUGGACAUAUCGCUUUCAACGAGCCUGGAUCGAGUUUGCGAAGUCGGACGAGAGUCAAGACGCUGGCCUACGAUACCAUCAUUGCCAAUUCGAGAUUCUUCGAGAAUGAUCUGAACAAGGUGCCUAAGAUGGCGUUGACUGUGGGUGUGCAGACUGUUAUGGAUGCGAGAGAGGUCGUGAUCAUAAUCACGGGAGCACACAAAGCGUUGGCGCUGCAGAAGUGCAUAGAAGGCGGUGUCAACCACAUGUGGACUCUGUCGAGUCUGCAGCUACAUCCUCACGCCAUGAUCGUCGUUGACGAGGAUGCUACGCUCGAGCUGCAGGUCAAGACUGUCAAGUACUUCAAGUCUAUCGAGCAGGUAGCGACAUCCGAGGGAUUUGGCCAAGCAUUGGCGUCCGAAGAAUUGGUGCUUAAGAAGCGAGACUCGGUGCUUGAGAAGCUUGACAGUCCCAAGAGUCCGACUGCAAAGACAUUCCUCGCACCGCCGAAGCCAGUGUUGACGAGACAGAUCACGCCAGAUCUAGUUCCCGACUCGAUGCAUGAGAGGCUGCCUGAAGAGCGAGCGAGAGGAUUGGGUCUUGAUGGCUUGGAGACGAAGGAGGUACCGCUGUCAGCCAUGCACGAGCGUGUGGACUCUGCGCAGGCGUGA